UGAUACAUUUCCCCCAACAGAUCCACUCUUUUCGUCAUACGAUAAAAUAGCCUUAUUAACUAGUAAAAUAAUAGUGUUUAAGCAAGACAUGACAGUGUUUUAAGUUAAAUUAAAAUGUGUUUAUUUGGGCACUGACUGUAAGACGGACACUUGUGUAUUAUUGGGUCGACGUUACUAACGCAACCGUUUCUAUUGGUCCGUCCGUAGGGGGCCAGUGUGUUCUCCACCUGAUUAUAAUCCGCGCACACAUCGCCUAAUUCAUUUUCAAUUUGAAGACCUGAAUGUUGUGUCGACGAAGCAACCUCGAUAAUGGAUCUCACACGGAAAGCAAGAAGCGGAGAAAGAGAGUUUACUCAGAGCAAAAAGAAACGAAGUCUUAGUGGUGACCAUCCGAACAUGAGUGAGUUGAGGAUUGUUCUGCUGGGAAAAAAUAAAUCAGCAAACAACAGAGUUAGAAACUUUAUCCUAGGAAUAGAUGAGAGUGGAACAGCAUCUCCACCUGAUGUACAUCAGCUCAUCAAGAGUAGAAGCCAAGUGAAGGACAGAAUCAUCACUAUCAUCAGCUCUCCUCACCUACUAUAGCCAGAUCUCUCACAGCGUCAGGUCACUCAGGGAGUGAGAGAGUGUGUGUGUCUAUCUGAUCCAGGACCUCAUGCGAUCAUACUCAUACUGCAGCAUCAUGAUGACUUAAGUGAGGACAACAUUGGGAGAAUAAAAUAUGUGUUGAAACAAUUUCAUGAGAAAGCGAUUACACAUACAAUCGUGCUAACUAUUGAGGAACUGAGCUCCCAGCUAACUUUAAUAAAUAAUGAUGUAAAACAAUUAAUAAAUGAAUGUGGAGGGGGACAUGUUCAGUUUGAUAAAAAAAAAGAUUCAGGAUUCUGCUCUAAGAUAAUUCAAAUAGUAGAGAAGAUAAAGGAAGAAUAUGAAGAGUUUCUCAAAUGUGAGAUAUUUGAUGAUGCAGAAGACGGAACAUCAGUGGAAAAAAAGCAGAGCACAUCUGAGGAUUCAGCCAGAGAGGAAGCGGAAAAGGAGGAGGGAAAAGGUGGAGGAAGAUCAACUGUUCCUGGAAAAGGAAAAAUUAACUUUGUGCUGUGUGGAAGUGAUACAAAACUCAAGACCUCAGUGUCCAAAAUGUUACGAGGGAAAACAAUAAAAGAAUCUUCAUCCACACGUCAGAGAGAGUCUAGUUUAGUGUGUGUGAAGAAAGAGGUGAACAUACACGGACGGCACCUCACUGUGGUGGAGCUUCCAGCUCUCACUCAGCUCUCAGAAGAGGAAGUGAUGGACCAGACUCUCCAGUGUGUGUCUCUCUGUGAUUCUGGAGUUCAUCAAUUCUUCCUUAUUAUUCCUGUUGGUCUACUUACUGAUGGAGACAAAAAAGAAAUGGAGAAGAUCAAUAAGAUAUUUUACUCCAAAGACCACUUCUCUGUUCUUUUCACAACAGAUCUCACUGAUGACAAAAAUGCGACAGAUUUUGUGACAUCCAAAGAAUCUCAGAGGUUUGUCGAUCUUUAUGGGUGUUGGUACGAGGUGAUAGGGUUGAAGGAACAUAGAAGAGGAACACAGAUCUCUGACCUGUUGGAAUGUAUAGAGAGCUUUAAAAAGAAACCCUAUUCACUUCAGAUGUACAUAAAAUCUCAAGAAAAGAGAGUCAGGGAUGAACUAGAGGAAAAGCUGAGUAAAAUGAAGAGCACAAUCAAAGAGUUGCAGCAGAAGAUUCAAGAGGGAGAUGAAGAUGCAUCAACAGAUUCAGGCUCUUUAAGGAUAGUGAUGAUUGGAAAGACUGGAAAUGGAAAAAGUGAAACAGGAAACACCAUCCUCGGGAGAGAAGAGUUUCACACUGAAGCCAGUUCAGAUUCUGUGUCGACUGUCUGCAUGAAAGGAGUCGGUGAAGUUCAUUGUAAAUCAGUAGCUGUUGUUGAUACUCCAGGUCUCUUUGACACCACACUGUCAAAUGAACAAGUGCAGGAGGAAAUUGUGAAAUGUGUUUCACUGUCAGCACCUGGACCCCAUGUCUUCAUUAUUGUCUUGAGUGUGGGAAGAUUCACAAAGGAGGAGAAAGACACUGUGGAUCUGAUAAAGAAGAUUUUUGGACCAAAUGCUGCACAGUUCAGCAUUGUUCUCUUCACGAGAGGAGAUGACCUGAAAAAUCAAACAAUAGAACAAUAUGUAGAGAAAAGUAAAAGUGCAGAUCUCAAGAAAUUGAUCAGGGACUGUGGGAACAGGUUUUUGGUUUUUAAUAACAGAGAAAAGGAUGAUCACACACAAGUUACUCUGCUUUUUAAGAUGAUAGAAGAAGUGAAAAAAUCUAAUAAGGGGCAGUAUUUCACAAACAGCAUGUUUGAAGAAGCAGAGAUGUCCAUUAAAAAGAGAGUGGAGGAAAUACUGAAAGAAAAAGAGAGAGAAAUCCAGGCAAAGUAUCAAACAGAAAUGGAAAGCAUGAUGGAGAGACUAGAGAAGGAGAAAAGAGAAGCAGAUGAGGAAAAAAUGAAAAUGGAGACUCAGUUCAGAGAAAAAGAGGAGACUCUCAGAAAAGAGUAUGAAGAAAAAGAAAAAACAGAACAGAAGAGACAAGAGGAGGAGAACAAGAGACGUUUAGAUGAAGAAAAACAACAAAAACAUGAAUAUGACCAAAAAAUUGAAGCAAUGCAGAGAGAGAUGGAAAAUCAGAGAUCACUCUAUGAAAAACAGCAAAAAGAAAAAGAGAGCAGGAUAAAAAGAGAGAAGAGAAAUAUAAACAAGAUCAAAAAAAGCUCAAAGAAGAGCGAAAGCAUGCCAUUGAACAAUUAAAAAGGAAACAAGAGGAAACUGAAAGAAGACAAUUGGAGGAACAAAAGAAGAUUAGGGAGGAAGAGGAAGAGAGACAGAGAUGGCAAAGAAGAAUAAAAGAGCAUGAAAAUGACAAAAAGGAGAUUCAAGAGAACAUUAAACAACAACAGAGAGAAUGGGAAGAGCAAAAGAAAAGACAGAUGAGAGAACGAGAGGAAGAGGACAGAAAGCAAAAAGAGACACGAGGAACAAUUGAGAGAAAAAGAAGAGGAAAUGGAGAAAAUAAGAAAAAAAUUUCAAAGAGAAAGAGAUGAAGAAAGACAAAAGAUAGAGGAGGAGAGACAGCAGUGGAGAGAUGCAGAGAAAAGAGAGAGAGAGCGAAAAGAGAGAGAAUUUGAAGAAAUGAAAAAACAUUAUGAACGAAGAGAAAAGAAGAGUGGGAGAGAACUAAACGAAACGAUGAUAAGAGAAGAGAAGAAGAGAGAAAGAGAUGGAGGAAAAUGAUAGAAGAUCUUAAACAUGAGCAAGAGCAGGAGAUCAGCAGAAGAGAUACAGAGGAGAAAGAGAGAAAAGAAAAAGAAAAAAAAGAGCGUGAUAAAAUGAAAGAGGAAUAUGAACAGAAAAUUAAGUAUAUAGAGAAGGAACAUGAAGAUGAAGCCAGAAAGCAAGCAGAGGAAUUUAAUGAGUUCAGAGAGAAUAAAGAUCUGCACAUUCAAGAGCUCCGUGACAAGCUUGACGAUUGUCAAAAAGAAUAUAAAGUACUGGAUGAACUGUAUAGUCACUUCAAAGAAAAAACAAAUAUAAAAACAACAGAAUUAGAGAAAGAAAUUGAACAACUGAAAAAGAAAGGAAUAUGUACAAUUCAGUAACGCCUUUAAAAAAACAAGUUUUUAAUGUAUAAUGACUCGAAUAAGAAAUGUAUUAAUAUAACUAAGAAAGUCUUUAAUACAUGGAGAGAGCUCAUUCACAUUAAUCUCAAUUGCAGUUGAUCAUGUGAUGUAGGACAUAGAUAUUCCAUCUUUUCCUGUGGAUGCUAGACACUUGGUUCUGCUAGGUUGUAUAGUCACAUCCAUAACAUUACCAGAGAAUAUAAUUUUACAUAAAUUACUAUUCUUUAUGAAAUUAUGUUGUUGGCGCAUUUUUGUUUUCAUGUUUCUUAUGUAUAUAGUAUUUACUAAAUGUAAUUAAUACCUAUAUACUUACAUUGGAAAACCUCAUCUUUAAUUCCAAUUUUCUCCCACUUUCCAAACCCUGCAAGAACAAUUUUUAAUAGAGAUAAUAGUAAAAUUAAUAGUUUAAUUUUGCAUUAAUUGACGAGUGUAUAAUAUAUUUGAUUUAAAACAAUACCAAGACAUGUUUAGAGAGCUAAAUCCUAUACUAUUAUGAAAGAUACUUCUUAAAUUAUACAUUUAUUCUGCAUUUUUCACACUUUUACCUGUGCUGCUGGAUUCUGAAUCUGCCUUGCAAAAAGUAAAAUAUAGCCUGAUUGCUGUCACAGAAACAAUAAACAUGAUCAUGUAACAUUUUAAAAUAGCAACUUUACUUUUAUGCAGUUUGCAUGCUUUCAUUGUGGCUAGGCUGAUGUAUAUUGGGAUGACUCUGUCUGCUUUAAUUAGAAAAUAAAGCUUGUAUUUUUCAACAGUAAA